GACUAGAGAGAGUGAGAGAGUAAGGCCCGGAGCCCGUAGGGUAGCCAUAGCUAGUGUUCGGUCAUCGAUCAGUCGUAGCCAUGCCGAAGACGCAUCCAUACAAAGGCGUGAGGCAGCGCCGCUGGGGCUCCUGGGUCUCCGAGAUCUGCCACCCUGUGCUGAAGACGAGGAUCUGGCUGGGAUCGCACAAGACGGCAGAGGCCGCGGCACGGGUGUACGAUGAGGCGGCACGGCUUUUGAGCGGGCCGGCGGCACGCACCAACUUCCCGGGCUCAUACACCACGGGCAACCUGACCAAGGAGGUGCGCGCGAAGCUGGAGGAAUGCCCCGUGCCUCCAUCGUCCUCCUCCACAACGGCGGCAGCUCCGGCGCCUGCAAGCUCGUCGCCGACCGGCGGCGCCAUGGAAGAUGACGAUGUGGAGUUCGUCGAGGCGAUGAUCAGGGAGAUGACGGACUACGGCCCCGUGGAGAUCGACCCUUCUGCGUCCGUCCGCUCAACCACCAACUAG